AUGUCACAAAACACGGGUGAUAACAAUCCACAACCUACAGUUCCAAAUCUACAACUUCAAGCCAUUAUGGGGGAGAUGAGGAGAUUGUUGAGGGAGGAGUGUGAGCAAAUACAUGAGCGGUUGGAUAGGGUGGAAGAAGGAGCACAACGGAGACCAAGGGGGAGAAGAGUACACCAAAGGGGGAAUGAAAAUGAAGGAGAUUUCGAAGGAGUAGUUUCUGAUGAAGAGGUUGAUAAGAUGUCGACGGGUACCAAUAGGAGGUAUGGUGGAAAUAGAGAAGAUAGGAACCAAGUAGACAAUUAUUUGGGGAAUAUAAAGAUGAGAAUCCCAGCCUUUCAAGGGAAGAGUGAUCCUGAAACAUACCUAGAGUGGGAGAAGAAAAUGGAGUUAGUCUUUGAUUAUCACAACUAUUCAGACAUGAAGAAGGUAAAACUUGCUGCCAUUGAGUUUACUGAUUAUGCUAUUGUUUGGUGGGAUCAGUUGUGCACUAACAGGAGACGGAGUGGAGAUCGCCCUAUUGAAACAUGGGAGGCAAUGAAGAGGGUAAUGAGGCGACGGUUUGUACCACCUCAUUAUUAUCGUGAUCUCUAUCUUAAGUUGCAAGGCCUUCGUCAAGGCUACAAAAGUGUUGAUGAGUAUUACAAGGAGAUGGAGAUGGCUAUGAUUAGAGCCAAUGUUGAAGAGGAUCGGGAGGCAACAAUGGCGAGGUUUUUAAAUGGGUUGAACCGAGAGAUUGCUGACCCAAUCGAGCUACACCAUUAUGUGGAGUUAGAAGAUUUGGUUCACAUGGCAAUCAAAGUUGAGAGACAGCUCAAGAAGGGUAGUUCAAGUUCGAGAUCAAGGCCGAGCACACACAAGCCAAGUACAACACCUUGGAGGUCGAACUAUCCAAAGAAGGAUGACCAACCUAGUUCAUCAUCUACACCAAAACCAUCCACUACAGCCACGCCACCUCAAGGUAAAACAACUCAAACUAAGUCUCAUUCUAGUGAGAUAAGGUGUUUCAAAUGCCAGGGGCGGGGACAUAUAGCCAGCCAGUGUCCAAACCAAAGAGUUAUGGUGAUUCGGGAAAGUGGAGAAAUAGAUUCUCAAGAUGAAGAUGAUCUUGCUGACAUGCCACCAUUGGAAGAUGCUUCUGACAAUGAAUAUGGCAAUAAAGAUUCCAAGAUUUAUCAGACACAGGUGAGGCAUCCUGCUCGGACUGUGCUUUCCGAACAGAUGUUCCAAGUAGACUCCACGUGCCAGCAUUCAUGUGAUGCCACAUUAGAGUGCGAAAAUUGGGAUAACACCCUUAUCCACAUCUCCCCUCCCCCAAAGGAGUGA